UGUGUGCAAAGUGCAAAGGAAAGGGCUCAAAGAGCGGGGUAUCAGGAAGAUGUUAUGGAUGUCAAGGUACAGGAGUGAGGACGGUAACUAGACAGAUUGGACUAGGCAUGAUUCAACAGAUGCAGCAUGCUUGUCCUGAAUGCAAAGGCUCAGGUGAGGUCAUCAGUGAUAAAGACAAGUGUCCGCAAUGCAAAGGGAACAAGGUUUCCCAGGAGAAGAAAGUAUUGGAGGUGCAUGUCGAGAAAGGAAUGCAACAUAGUCAGAAGAUUGUAUUCCAAGGAGAAGCUGAUGAAGCUCCUGACACAGUGACAGGAGAUAUUGUAUUUGUGCUGCAACAAAAGGAGCACCCCAAAUUUAAGAGGAAGUAUGAUGAUCUUUACGUGGAACAUACGUUGAGUCUGACUGAGGCACUCUGUGGCUUCCAGUUUGCUCUGACCCAUCUUGAUGGCAGACAGCUGCUCAUUAAGUCAAAUCCAGGCGAAGUUGUUAAGCCUGGUCAAUCUAAAGCAAUCAAUGAUGAGGGAAUGCCUCAUCAUGGUAGGCCCUUCAUGAGGGGUCGCCUGUACAUCCAAUUCAAUGUUGAAUUUCCAGAUUCAGGGAUGCUCUCUACCGAUCAAUGCCGCACGCUGGAGACCUUCUUGCCGCCAAGACCUAGCAACCGCUUGUCGGACAUGGAGCUGGAUGAGUGUGAGGAGACCACUCUAUAUGAUGUCAAUAUUGAAGAGGAGAUGAGGCGAAAGCAGCAGCAGCAGCAGCAAGAAGCCUAUGAUGAAGACGAAGAUGCAGCUCCAAGGGUGCAGUGCGCCCAGCAAUAAGUUCACCCUUAGGUCGCCAUCCUCUCUCGCAAUAUGGGUAUCUUGGCUUUUCUUUCUUGCUGCAUAGGUCUCCUGCUUUCCUCUCUACUUUAGUAUUAAUGUACCUGUGAACCAUAGGGGUAGUUGGAAUCAUGGAUUGUCUUCUUUUCUGUUGUGAUUCUCGUGGAGUGCUACUGGUUGUUGCUUAUGUCAACUUUAUUGCUUUCCAGACCUUGAUUAAAUAUGACUCGUUCUGGCCAUACAUGUGCUAUAAGCAUGGCUGGUCUGUGCCUCGAGAA